AAGCAAAUGGUGAUGAUGCAAAGGCAUCUAAUGGCACACCCAUUAAGAAGGUCAAGGCUGAGACUGAGUCAAAACCUUCUAUUAAAGAAGAAAAUUCACCUGCUUCAAAAAGUAGCAUGCCUCCAAGAGGGACACAAUCAUCUUCAAGACCUGGAUCAACUUCAGGUACUCCAUCAUCAAGAGCUGGGUCAACUUCAGCUGCUGGACCUGUGACUGAAGAAGAAAUUCGGGCUGUUUUAUUGCAAAAUGCGCCUGUAACUACACAGGAUCUUGUUGCCAAAUUUAAAGCUCGGCUUAAAUCACCUGAGGACAAGAAUGCCUUUGCAGCCAUCCUGAGGAGAAUUUCUAAAAUACAGAAAACAAAUGGACCCAAUUAUGUUGUCUUGAGAGAUAAAUGAUGAUGGUGUUAUCUUGUAUUUCACUAAGAAAGGGCCACAACAUGAAGUAGAAACAAGGCAUAUCAGAACCUUUUGUUUAGUGAAUUGUAAACAAGUAAUCCUGCAUUUCUAUAUAUUUGAUCCGUUUUCGGUUUUAUCUAUAAGCUUGCAUAUGUUCUCUCGUGCCAAGUGCAAUGAACGGCGGCAGCAAAUAAAGCCUCGAUUCUACUUGCUAUCAAACCUCUUUCUUUUACCAUGCCUUUGAAGCCGUAGCCAUUUACUUUACCAGUUAACCGGACUAUGGAUAAUUCCAGCCUCUCAAUACAGAUCACCAAACCAUACGAAUGAAAGGACACGGAAAAUAAAGAUGCUGGCGUGUUUCAUCCUCCAAUGCAUGGAAAGUGCAGCAUUUAUCCAAAAUCACACCUCUAUUAGCCAAUAAACUUGUCGGUUUCAGUCUUCCGUUGAAUACUUGCCAUGCAGUGAAAUCAGGUCGAGGGAAGAUAGCAGGAUUUAAAUAAAAAUAUGGAUGGUAA